CAACUAUAGUAACGUUUAUACUUCCUACUGUCUCAUAUUUUUUUUAGCGAAUAUCGUUAAAUCAGUCUCAACACUUACAUCGAUGUACUUUUCACACAUAGAAAUGCUGUCUGUCCUCAAAAAAAUUUUUCAGAAUUUAAUUCUGUGAUUUUGGUGAACGUAAAUGUUAACUGAAGUGAUUUUUAUAUUUUUAGUCCUUAACCUACAAUUUUCUAGCAGUUGCGUUAUUUACUGGUCACUAAUUAUUUCUUCAACGUGAAAAUAAAUAAACAAAGAAUUGAAAACUAGGUUUUGUGUUCAACCUAAUGAAAAAUUAGGUUUUGUAGUCUUUGAUUGUGAAGAUUACAAUUUGAAUUGUACUCAAAAUUUAAUUGAAAUGAAAAUACGAGUCUCGUUUGUCACAUAUGUAUGUAGUGUGCGUCAUAAGUGCGUCAUGAUAUUAUAGGACAAAGGGAUAAUAUCUAACAAAUUACUUUUAUAAGUACAGACAUUUUUGUUUGUAGACAAGUUUGCUAUAAUAAAGCAUCACAACAUUGAAAAUAAAAUUUGUUCAGAUCUAUUAUAUUUGUUACAGAGGCUCAAAUAAAAAAUUAAAUAGUACGUAUUACACUUUCAGUUGCAUUUAUUCAAUACUUCAUAAACAAGUAUAGUGCUAAAGUAAAAUAAAGUGUUAUGUAUUUUCAAAGAGAUCCUAAAGUUUCAAUAAAUAUUUUCAAUCCAUAGCUUUACUUAAUUACUUUGUCCUACAAUUUCAUCUUUAUCUACUUAGUUAGUUACUCUACUUUAUAUUUAAAAAAAAAACAAGUAAUUUUGCAACGAGACAAUACUCCACAAACAACACACAUAUAUUACAAAUUUUCAAAACAACCCUACAAAAUUUUCAAUAAACACUCUCCCUUGCCCUCGAAAUGAAAUAAAACCAAGUAGUUUUGCAAUCAGGCAGAGCCUGUCUAAAACACAGUAGCAUAAAAAUAAGAAAGUAAGAGCAAAGGAAGUUCUGACCCGAUGUCAACUUAUCAACUGGCUACAGUAGAUUGAAAAAAAGUCAGAGUGACCUGUUGUGGUCGAGAAUACCAAGUUCACAGAAUCUUCCUACUAACUAGCAACUUUGCUGACUUGACACAAAGUAGGUAUAAAAGCUCCAAACGACUGACCGCCUCGUCACUUUCUGGUGUGUGCUACGACUUUCAAUAUGUGGCUACCUUUGACACUCUUAGUGCUCGCGGGAGUAGUAUCCGCCGACUACCAACAUGGCUGGAAGGUAGGCGACGAGUACACCUACCUGGUACGAAGUCGCACGCUCACUAGUUUGGACGUAAAAUCCAGCCAGUACGCCGGUAUCUUGAUAAAGGGAUUCCUCACGGUUCAAGCAAAGGACACCAACACGUUGAUCGCGAAAUUAUGGAAGGGCCAAUACAGUCGCAUCCAUAAAGAGCUACCCGAGGGCUGGGAAACACGGAUUUCCGACCACAUGUUGGAAUUCCGUGACUUGCCCAUAACGGAGAAGCCCUUCCAGAUCAUUCUGAAGCACGGAGUGAUCGUGGACAUGAUCGUGGACAAGGACAUACCCACCUGGGAGGUGAACUUGCUGAAGAGCGUGGUUAGCCAACUGCAGGUGGACAGCCAGGGGGAGAACAUCAUCAAGAGCCAGAACGUUCAGGUUCCGGAUGAUGAUGAACCUUACGGAUCGUUCAAGGUCAUGGAAGACACCGUAGGAGGUAAAUGCGAGGUGCUGUACGACAUCACUCCGUUGUCCGAUCACAUGCUUCACACGAAACCCGAGUUGGUGCCCAAACCUGAACUGAAGGGAGAUGGACAGCAUAUUGACAUCAUGAAAACGAAGAACUUCGACAAAUGCGCGCAGAGGAUGUCGUAUCACUUCGGUAUCACUGGACAGUCGAACUGGGAACCUGGUGCAAACAAGAAUGGAAAAUUCCUGUCGAAAUAUUCCACCAGUAGAAUCGUCAUCUCAGGAAAUUUGAAACGGUUCACCAUCCAAACAUCGGUGACUACCAGUCAGAUGUUCGUCACCCCAAGAAUGUACGAAAACCACAAGGGAAUCGUGGCCAGCAGGAUGAACCUGACUCUGGGCAACGUUAACAAGAUCUCGAAUCCUCUGCCUUUGCCGAGGAACCCCGAAUCUACUGGCAACCUGGUGUACGUUUACAGCAACCCGUUCUCGGACAUGGAGGAACGCAGACCCAGCGACCGACGGGACUCCAAGCAGGACCUCGAAUCCGACAGCAUCAGCUCCCAGAGCUCCAGCGAGGAGAUCAACAAGAACAAAAUUAACCUUCUGAAGAAUUCGGGCUCAUCCAGCGCUUCCAGCAGCUCCAUCUCCAGCAGCGAGGAACACAAGUUCUGGCAACCCAAACCCACGUUGCAGGAUGCUCCGCAGAACCCACUGUUGCCCAACUACAUUGGCUACAAAGGCAAAUAUAUUGGAAAGUCCGGUGAAAUCGACGUGAUCAAGGCCGUCAAGCAGCUCGUAUUCGAGAUCGCUAACGAAUUGGAGGACUCGACUCUUAUGCCCACGCAAGAGACCCUAGAGAAGUUCAGCAUUCUCACCAGCCUGAUUCGCACCAUGAGCAGGAGCCAGAUAGAAGAGGUCGAGAACAUUUUGCACCUCUCGUCGAACGAGCUGAAGUUCGACGACAAGACUCAAGCUGUCAAGCAGAACGCUUGGGCCGUAUUCAGGGACGCCAUCACGCAAGCUGGAACUGGACCUGCCUUCUUGACCAUCAAGAACUGGAUCGAAAAGAGGAACAUCGGAACCUGGGAGGCUGCCGACAUCUUGUCUGCGCUUCCGAGAACCUCGCGAACACCUACUGCCGAGUACAUCAGGACCUUCUUCGAACUGGUCACCAAUCCGAAAGUGAUCAACGAGCCAUUCCUGAACACCGCAGUGCUGAUGUCCUUUACUGAAUUGGUACACCAAUCUCAAGUGGACGGCAAAAGCAUCCACAACCUGUACCCGGUGCACACCUUCGGCCGCCUUACCUCCAAACACGAUCAGACCCUCCUGCAGGAGUACAUUCCAUACUUGGCUGGAGAACUGAAGAAGGCCGUCAGGGAAGGUAAUAGCGAAAGGAUUCAGACGUACAUCGUCGCUCUGGGCAACAUCGGUCACCCCAAGAUCCUCUCCGUCUUCGAGCCCUAUUUGGAGGGCAAAGAACAGGUGACCGUCUUCCAGAGGACGUUGAUGGUCGGCUCCCUGAGCAAACUGGCGGUUCAUGCACCGAAACUGGCACGCUCCGUGCUGUACAAGAUCUAUCUGAACACUAUGGAGAGCCACGAAGUGCGAUGCAUGGCUGUCUUCCUGCUGCCGAUAACCAACCCUCCUUUGACCAUGCUGCAACGUAUGGCGGAAUUCACGAACUACGACACCAACAAACAAGUCAACUCCGCGGUGAAAUCCACCAUAGAGACCCUAGCGGAGCUAACUGACCCUACAUGGCUAGAUCUGGCGAGGAGGGCUCGCUCUGUCAUGAACAUCAUGAACAAGGAGGACUACAGUUAUCAGUAUUCCCAUGGAUUCAUCUUCAGUGCCGUUCAGAAAGAACAGAACCUGAUCAACACUGUGGUGAUGAAUUAUAUUGGCGGCGACAAUGGUUUAACUCCUCGCGCUGUCUAUCUGGAGUCCCUCAUGAAUUACGGUGGCUUCAAGACCCCAUCCACGGAAUUCAUGGCUAUGAUCUCCGACGUACAGCCUUUGAUCGAGGCUCUAACGAUGACUACCGACAAACCCUCCUUCGAGAAGAUGGCCACCGAGAAAAUUGCGGAGCAACUGAAAAUCGUUGCUGACAAGACUGUGGAAAUGGAAGGAAACAUCUUGUGGAGAUCGAAGUUCCUGUCCAAAUUUAUACCUUUCGACAAAAACACUGUCCACAACGUGCGCAAUCAAAUCACCAAGAACAUGAUGUCAAUGAAAGACGGAGGCUACGUCAACCUGAACAAACUGAUGUCUUACGAUGUGACUCUAAGUUUCCCGACGGAAACCGGCCUACCAUUCGUUUACACUUUAAGGGUGCCAGUGUUGAACAAACUGAUCGGAACUGGACAAAUGAAGAUGGACCGUGAACGCAACGUGAACGUGCAAUCGGAACUGAGGUUCACAUACUCGAGGAAGAUCCAAGGAAUCAUCGGUUUCGUGGCGCCGUUCGAGCACCAGCACUACAUCGCCGGUGUAGACGCAAACAUGCAGGUCUACUUGCCUCUGAAAUUAUCUCUGGAAGUAAACGUACCAAAAACCACCCUGCAGCUCAGGAUUUGGCCACUGAAGGGCGAGGAGAAAUCUCGUUUGCUACACUACAGCGUCGUGCCAUAUACUUCCAUCCGCGACAUCCUGAGUCUCCGACCUUUGCAGAAGGACAAGAACACACAGCUGGUGCACGUCAACAAGGAUCUGAAGGGCAGCCAGUCCGACAAGCUCAAAGGAAUCAGGGUAGAGCUGGAAGCCGAUAGUUCGGACACCGAGUUCUGGAACAUGGACAUGGACAAACUCAGGAACAUGUUCCCAAUGUACCUUGGGGAAGACGUGUACCGCAAGGUGGACAUCUUCAUGAACCUGGAUCGCGAGGUGAAAGAACCCUUGACUCUCCUCGUCUCUUACGGCACCAUGGACGUGAAACCCGGCUCUGAGAAUCUUCAGCAAUGGACAGAAUUUGCCAAAGCGGUUGAACCAUCCAACAAGGAGGCCAACAGCGAGGACCGUAAGAAGCAGUUCCUGAAGGAAGCAGUCAAGGGUAUCAAAUUGGGCAAGUCGUGGGUGGUGGACCUUCAACUCCAAAUCCCUGACGAAGACAGGAGCUCCAGCGCCAUGACCCUCGCUUGGUCCACGAGCAACGCCGAGUCCAAGGGACGCAUCCUGCUGUUCUGGAGAUGCAACAUCCCUAGCAAGGAAAUCAAACACGAAGUGUGCGCAGCCUCUCAGUUCAUGAACACCCCCGUAGUUUCGCUGUUCUUCGACAAAGUCAUCAAGGCCGUACCCAAGACGGAGUUCGACAUCGACAUUCGUUACGGAAAAACUUGCGCCGACAACCAACAGAUCAACGUCAUAGGUAAGGCUACCCAGAGCAAGGAGAUGAAGGACGAGAUCAUGAAGUCCGACGUGGUGAAGAACUGCGAGAAGCACCUGAACCACGAGAACAAGCUUCUCCGAGUCUGCCAGAAAGCUGCGGCCCUCGUCAUGACGCUGGACGAGAUGGACAUCUCUGUAGACAUCCGCUCGAAACCUCUGAGGGACCUCGUCGCCAAGAACAUCCACCUGCCAAAUCAGCUGGGAUUAACCAACGCUAACGUGGACCUCACCAACCCUAAGAACGCUGGCAAAGACAAGAUUGAUCUCAAGAUGAAAUUGUGGAAGGACAAGUCUGGUCGCGUGGUCAUUCACACACCAACCAUGGACGUGUUGAUGGACGACCUCGACCUGAGUUUCUUGGAAGAUGAUUCGGAAAGUCUCGUGGUUCCCUUCGAGAUGGAUAGCAACAACUUGAAAGCUGGAACGAAUAUACCAUCCUGUGUCAUGGACCGCACCAGAGCCGAGACUUUCGACGGCAAGGAAUUCCCCCUGACUUUGGGCAGCUGCUGGCGCGUGUUGAUGACGACUUACCCUAAGGAGGACCCCAAGAAACCUGGCGAGAAGCUUACGAUGUCCGAAGCUGACAGCGUGAGCAUCCUCGCUCGAGAGACCAACGAAAAGAAGGAGGUGAAGGUGAUACUCGGCAAGACGGAGAUCAAGCUGGUGCCCACUGGCCAACUACCUGAGGUCAUUGUGAACGGACAGAAGGUCCAAGUAACUCCCGAGCUUGGCCACCAAGUGCGACACGGUGACGAGGUUGCUUUCGAGAUCUUCCAGUUUGGAGACCGUUCCAUUGCCCUGGCGUCGGAGAAGUUCGACGUGAAGCUCGUUUUUGACGGAAAACGGAUCAUGAUCAGGACAUCCAACAAGUUCCGCGACUCCAUUCGAGGUCUCUGCGGCAACUUCGACGGCGAUCGGGCCAACGACUUCACGAGCCCCAAGAACUGCCUGUUGAGGAAACCCGAGGAGUUCAUCGCAAGUUACACGCUCACCAAAGACCAGUGUGAAGGAGAGGACGUGCAGAAGAUCAAGGAACUGCAGCAGGCUAACUGCGUACCACAGAUGUCUGCCCGCACCAGCAACGUUAUCAACGACAUCGAAUCCGGAAGGUCUAACGUUCUCGGCAGCAACUGGGGCUACCAUCAAGACAAGCAGACCGACAACAAACGCUGCACCAUACACAGGACGAAGGUCAUCGAGAGGAACGGACAGCUCUGCUUCACGAUUCGUCCGGUGAUCUCUUGCUCGCCCACUUGCAACGCUACCGAGAUGAAGACGAAGAACUACCAGUUCCAUUGUACAGAAAAGAACGAGUGGUCUAUGAAGCUGAAGCAGAGAGUAGAGAAGGGCGCGAACCCUGAUCUUAGCCAGAAAUCUAUCUCCAUGUCACAAUCCAUUGAGGUCCCUCUUGCGUGCGUGGCCUAAGCGCGUACCUGACAAAAAUUAUUUUGUUAACAUUUCGUAGUUAGAGUAGUAUAUUAUUUUGUAUUUAGCAAUCCGAUGUAUUAAUAAAAUUGAUCGUUUUCAAUAAUUUUUGUGUUUCUUGUAUGCUUGGGAGUUUGAGGUGUGAUGGGGAGAUUGAA